AUGGACGCGGUGGCUGUGUAUCAUGGCAAGAUCAGCCGGGAGAUGGGGGAGAAGCUCCUGCUCGCCACGGGCCUGGACGGCAGCUAUCUGCUGAGGGACAGCGAGAGUGUUCCCGGCGUGUACUGUCUGUGUGUGCUGUAUCAAGGUUACAUUUAUACAUACCGAGUGUCCCAGACAGAAACAGGUUCUUGGAGUGCUGAGACAGCACCGGGGGUACAUAAAAGAUUUUUCCGGAAAAUAAAAAAUCUCAUUUCAGCAUUUCAGAAGCCAGAUCAAGGUAUUGUAAUACCUUUGCAGUAUCCAGUUGAGAAGAAGCCUUCAGCUAGAAGUACACAAGGUGCCACAGGAAGAAGAGAUGAUCCUGAUGUCCUCCUGAAAGCACCAUGA